UUAAGAUAUUGGAGUUGACUUUUUAUAAUUGAUCUUUUUUUCCGGUUCAAUGCAUAAUAAUCUCUUUAUCUAUAUAAACACAAACACAUAAAUAUAACAUAAGCUCAAACACUAACCAAACCUUUCAUCAUCUUCAUCCAAUUCUUUCUCUCUCUUUUUCUUCAGAACCUCAGUUUUUGAGAAUAAGUAUUUGUUCAGUAGUAACGUACGCAUCUCUAUGUGUUUGUUAUCCUUUGCUUUUAAUAAGAAUCGCUUUUUGAUUUUGUUUUCUUUUUUGUGCGGUGGCUAUCUUCGUUCUUAUUCUUCUUACAACGUAGUAACAGCUUUAUAAAAAUCCUAGAAAGCAUGUAAAUUAAGUCACCCAGAUCCAAUUUCUUCCUUCACAAAAAAACCCAAAAAAAGUUUUUGUUUGAUAUAUAAGUUUUUCAUUUAUUGGUGUCUCUCUCGUUUUAAUUUGUGUUUGGUGAAACUAGUCCUGGCUAAGUUUAAAACACAAGUGUAAACCCAAAUUUAAAAAAACUUCAAAGUAUGUAAAUUUCGUCUCUAUCAAUUUAUUUCAUUUCCCUACCAAAAAAUCCCAAAAAAUUAGAACUUAGUAUUUUUCUUCAAACAAAAAAAAAAACAUAAAAAACAAAACUUCGGGGAUGGCUCCACCGGAGGCUGAGAUGGGUGCGGUGGCGGUGACGGCUCCUCCGACGCCAGGGACGCCGGGAGGACCGUUGAUCACAGGGUUGAGAGUGGAUUCAAUGUCAUUCGAUCAUCGGAAACCGAUGCCUCCAUGCAAAUGCUUGCCGGUUAUGGGACCCACUUGGGGUCAACACGACACGUGUUUCGCCGAUUUUCCCGCUCCUGGCGUCUCGCUCACUCGCAAGCUUGGAGCAGAGUUCGUUGGAACGUUCAUCUUGAUAUUCACCGCGACGGCCGGUCCAAUCGUGAACCAGAAAUACGACGGAGCUGAAACUCUAAUCGGUAACGCGGCAUGUGCCGGGCUCGCAGUGAUGAUCAUAAUUCUCUCAACCGGUCACAUCUCAGGAGCUCACUUAAACCCAUCAUUGACCAUAGCAUUUGCAGCUCUAAGGCAUUUCCCUUGGGCCCACGUGCCAGCUUACAUAGCGGCUCAAGUCUCAGCUUCCAUUUGCGCUUCAUUCGCACUCAAAGGAGUUUUCCAUCCUUUCAUGUCGGGAGGUGUCACUGUUCCAUCUGUUAGUGUCGGACAAGCCUUUGCUCUUGAGUUUAUCAUCACUUUCAUUCUCCUUUUUGUUGUUACUGCUGUCGCCACCGACACUCGUGCCCAAACGAAAUUUCUUCUUUGGCCAUCGAGUGGUGGAUCUAUGAACCCAGUGAGGACUCUUGGACCAGCAGUUGCAUCAGGAAACUACAGGUCACUUUGGGUUUAUCUGGUGGCUCCUACACUUGGUGCCAUAUCCGGUGCAGCCGUCUACACAGGUGUCAAGCUUAACGACAGUGAGAUCGACCCGCCUCGUCAGGUUAGGAGCUUCCGUCGUUAAGUGGAGUGAGGGACUUGUUCACAAGUCUUUUACUUAAUACUAUUACUGUAAGAUUAAUAAUAAUGUAAUGAUGUGAAAAGCUUUGGAAGCUUGUGUGAUGAAUAAAAGGCGAUGUGACUACAAGUCCACGCUCUAUGUGUGCAUGCGAACUUGUCUCGUCAAUGUCCUCUAAUAGUGUCUGUAUGAUAAUAUACUUUGUGUGGUUUGAUUUUCUUUGUUGGUUUGCUGUUGUACGUACCUUGGAGACGAGGCUGUUUUAUUAAUAAAAUCGAUAUAUGGAUCAAAAUCGAUUCAAAUUAGAGCUAUAACAUCGAUGAAUAACUUCUUAUGUCGAUAUGUUUUGAAAUAGUAUUUGAUCUAAAGAUUCGC